GACGUGUACCGGAAGCUGUGUUAAAAUGACUCCAGCAUCAGCAGGACCUGUAAGGCUGUGAAAGACAGGUGUUAGCAUUGUAAUGUUAUUAAUGUCUAGCAUUUUAUUAAGUCCGCACAGACGCUGUUGUAAUAUAUUAACCUUAGCUUUAUUUACAAUUUAAAUAUUAGCUAGUCGUAGGAUUCGCUGUCUCUGCUGAGUGGUUGAUAUUACGCCAUUCAAUAUCAUCAUUAUCAGCAGCAAGAUCCUGCUGAGCAGCGACGACAGACUGCCAAGACAUAUUUCACCUCUCUGGUUAUUACAUUUUGCUCUUGCAUGAAGUUACUGGUUGUCCAUUGGAGACAUGGCUAGUCCAAACAACCUACAGUUUCAAGAGUUUGAAGAAGCAGCAGAGCUGCUAUCGGCAGACCCUGGAGCCUCCACACUCAGUAUGUCGGGCUCAAACACCCCCAACACAACAGCAUCAGCAGGAGAAGAUGUAAAGCUGGACCUAUCUGAGGACGAGGAGGGUCAGCAAGAGAGUUCAGAGCUGUUAGGAGGGCAGAAACCAAGUGGUGGCUUCUGGACCUUUGAGUAUUAUCAGUCUUUCUUUGAUGUGGACACAAUGCAGGUGCUGGACAGAGUGAAGGGGUCAGUGAUGCCACAGCCUGGGAGAAACUUCAUCAAAUACUACCUUAGGAGUAACCCAGAUCUGUAUGGUCCCUUCUGGAUUUGUGUCACACUGGUGUUUUCUGUGGUGAUUAGUGGGAACCUGUCCACCUUCCUUGCUGAGCAGAAAAACCCCACCUUCCACUACAGACCACAGUUCCACAGAGUGACAAUUGCUGCAGUAGUGAUCUUUAUGUAUGCCUGGCUGGUGCCGAUCGGGCUGUGGGGUUUUUUGACCUGGAGGCAAGGGGCCGAGAGGCAGAUUGGAGGCUAUUCUUUCCUGGAGACUGUGUGUGUUUACGGCUACUCGCUCUUUAUCUAUAUCCCCACCUCUGUUUUGUGGAUAAUACCAUAUGACUGGCUGCACUGGACGCUGAUCCUAAUUGCCAUGGUGAUCUCAGGCUCAGUCCUGGUCCUCACCUUCUGGCCCGUUGUCCGUGAUGACACCAAGGUGACGGCGGUGGCUACAGUAGUGACCAUAGUGGUUUUGCACACACUGCUGGCAGUUGGCUGUAAGCUCUACUUCUUUCACGCAGAAACAUCCCCACCAACAGCUCUUCCUACUACCUCAACUCUCCACAAUCACACAACGCUGGCCUUCAAAACCGACUGACCAACACCGAGGAGCAGCAGGGAAAUGAAGACCGUCUUUUUUGACAGAUCGAAAACGACUAGACUGGAGGAGACGGUGUUGAUUAUCACCACGGUGUGAUUCACUUAAUGCUUCAUGGAUAAAGUGCUGGGACGGUUGUGUGUAUGUGCGUGUGUGUGUUUCGUUUGUCUAACUUAUCCUGGGGUGGUUCAUCUGUAUUUCUACUGUGACUGAUGUUUCAUGAUGUGGUGGAUUGAGCAGUCCUUCUUUAACACUGUGACUUCCACUCAUUUCAUGAUGUCGUAAAGGACGCAGGAAGACACUACAAAAGCUAAUACAUAAAACAAUGUCACUCCUACUAAUUUAUCCUUAUGACACAUCACAUGGACAACAACCAGAUUUUUCAAGUUUAAAAUGAUUAGGUUAAUGAGAAUGCCCUAAAUGUCUCAUUUCUCAUAUAAAUACACUUUGUGGCUUGUGGUCAACCCUGUGGGCUCAUAGAUGGAAUUACGUGUGGCUCUGCACAAGAGUUUAAACAUUGUUCAACAGCUGUUUUACAAAGCUCCGAAUGUUAUAAUUGAUAUUAUUAGAUGACAAUGAUUGAUUUGUUGGUGUGUACAUCACUUUAAUUUUAGAAGCAGGGGUAUGCCCCCCUCCCUGCAUCCGCUCUACACGUACAGAUACAUAGAAAAGGGACAAUAAUGGGGUAUUUGUGUAUUAAACAUGUAGUGAUACUGCCCUUAAGACACUGUUAGAUGCUCUCAAGUCAAGCAAUCUCUGAACUGUAAAGCUGCGGACUGGUCAAAAGAUGAUUGUAAAAUAAAAUAGAGUUUAUGUGGUCCUGCCGGAAGAAUAUACAUGUUUAGGUUGGCUCUAACUUAUUAGUUAUUCUAUCACAAACUGAAACUCCAGCUGCUGCUUCUCUGCCACGUGGAAAUGUAGUUUACCGUUUUCACUCACAACACUGACUCCCUGAAUUUGCUUCAGUCGGAUGUGCAGAAAAGAGUUUAUUGAACCUGCAAAGGGACUCCAGCACAUCACCGCCACUCUUCAGCCUUCAGUCACAGAAUGACCUCAGCUGCUUUACUUGCAUAGACAGUUCAGUGUAAAAUGAAGAAAGGGUUGAUGGAUGUAGAGCUAUUUAUUUCCUACUGUGAACCCAGGUAGGGUUGUAUUAAUAAACGGAUUCUCUACUCCAGAUUGUUUGGAUCUUAUUACUGUUCCAAUCUUUGAUCACUCACAGCUGAAAAGGAUUACAAGGUUUGCAGUUGAGCGAUGUGAAUCACCUUAAGCAACUUCAAAGAUUGACUUGAACUAGGUCCCUUAUGUGACAGGAAGACUAGAGACAUGGCUUUGGUUCAGACGUGAUGUCUAACACAGAUUUUCAGACAUUUGUCUAGAUUUGUUUUUUUCUCAACAUACUUCAUUCUGACCUGGUUUCAGGAUGA